AUGCGCGACGCCAGGUUGCUGUGCGUGCUUUGCGUCUCCCACGUGGCGCACGCUGUGCCGCUCCCGCCGCCACUCGGUGUGACCAGCGCUCAGGAGCGCCCUCUACUGCGGCAUCCAGAGUUCAGGAUUGCGUUUACUCUGCCGUGGAUCGGCUCGGCCUUCCCCGUCUGGGCGCCCUACUUCUUCGCCUCGUGCAGCCGGUCUAGCUUCAUUGCUGACUGGCUGAUCUUUCACGAGGGCUGCUGCCCUAGAAUACACAGCGCCCACCGGCAGUUGCUCGAGCAAAGCAGCGGUGCAGGGUGCCUGACAACGUCAAAUUAUACAACCUUGGCGGCCAAGGCCUACAUGCUCUCGUACCCAGACGUGGCGCCGCGCCCCUCUAAUCUGGCUCAUUUUCAAAAGGCGCGAGGCGGACAGUCCCCGUCUGGCGCGCUAGCUAUUCCGCCCGCACCUUGCUGCCUGUAUGCGCCCAUCUCGGACUCCCUCUUCGCUCCCUCUGCAACACGGUCAGGCACUGUCUUCCGAGACUACCUCCGAGGCUACUCGCACUGGUCAUACACAGACAUGGACCUGUUUGUCGGCGACUUGCCACUCUUUAUCGAGCUGACAGAGCUACGGGACUACGACAUCUUCACCUACACCCAGGGUGAUACUGAAAACCUGUAUCUGCGCGGCCAGUUCGCGCCUCACCGCAACACGCCGUCCGUCAACGCGCUCUUUUUGAGGUGCCCGCGGCUGGGCGCGGGGCUGACCGAGUCGCUCGAGGCCAAGAGCCGUGAGGCUGAGAGCUCAAGGCGCGGACCGCACGAGCAAUACUUCCCAGACGACGAGGGCUGCUACUCGUGGGUCGUCGCGACCAGCUCGGCGCGCGUCCGCUACGCCCCCAAGGCCUUUGCAGACAUGGACUUCAGGCCGGUCUUCUUUGCAGAUGGCGCAAUCCUCAGGGAUGCCAGCGCUGACCGCGCCGUGCCGUCGGGCGGCUCAGCCGCGUGCAGUCUGGGCCAGGGCAGGAUGGAUACCGCCCCGUCGAUGGCAAUGGCGGGCGCCCAGCGGACCGUGGGGCCCCCUUUCCGCGUGGAACUCUCGCCAGCGUGCCCAUCAGAGGGCUGGGUGGAGUCCCAGUACCGCCGACUCAACCGCUCGGGCUGGCCCGGCGAACAAGGAGCUGGAGAGUGGAGCUGGAACUGGAAUGUGGAGCAUGCAGACGGGUCGUGGUGGGCGCAAGUUAUGGCCCCGGUCGAGCUUCAAGGCGGCUGCGAAGAGGGCGCGUUCUUCCACUUCCAAACUUGGAAGCGUCAGUACAAGACGCUGGCCUACGGCAGUCCCGGCCUACCCGCACUGCGAGGCGGCCGCCACUGGAGGGCAUCGCCUGAGGGGCUGCUCCCCGUCGUCGCCCCCGACGGCGCUCUCGACAGAGGGCUGAAUUUGUCCGAAGGGGGUUUGUUGACUGGUUGA